AUGGAGUGGUACUCAUGUACGACGUCACCUCCCAGGAGAGCUUUGCCCACGUGCGCCACUGGCUGGACUGUCUCCAGGACUCAGGGUCCGACGGGGUGGUCGCGCUUCUCCUGGGAAACAAGAUGGACUGUGAGGAGAAACGGCAGGUGCCCACCGAGGCCGGGCAGCAGCUGGCCCAGGAGCUGGGAGUCUCCUUUGGGGAGUGCAGCGCCGCCCUAGGUCACAACAUCCAGGAGUCCAUGAUGAACCUGGCCCGGUCACUCAAGAUGCAGGAAGACCGUCUGAAGGACUCCCUGGUGGAGGUGGCCCCCAAGAGGCCAUCCAAGAGCUCUGUCUGCUGCUUCUGACCAUCUGGCCCAGCCAGGACAGGACGGCACCCCUCGGGUUUCCUGUUCCUCGGCUCCUGUCCCACCUGCCUGGACACAGCAAUGACAGAGACGGCCAGCUCGGAUGUUCAGGAAAACCCCUCCUCCGGUCAGGACUCGGAUCCCAGGGUAGGGCUGCACUAACGCUGCCCUUUGCACUCUGAAGAAGGACUUUGCUGAGGUGAUGGUGGUGAAAACUCUUUAAAGAAAGGAAAAGUCUAGAAAAAUGAAUGAAGGAAAGCACACCGCAUUCUUGGGCACACAUCUCUGGGUGGUAAUAUUGCAGGGUGAAUGUGCGGAGGUGUUAUUUCCCUUUUUAUAUGUGUUUGU